GCAAACAUUCGCCAGCGAAGUAAUCCACCAGCAACAUGAAAGUGCUCAACAUCUGCCUCCUGGUCGUGGCCUCCGCCAGCUUCCUCCUGGUCACCGCCAACGCCAAUGCCGUCGGUGCCUUCGAGGACUUCGAGGCCUACACCGAUGCCGAGCUCGAGGAGCUCUCCGCCGCCGAGUUGAUGGCUAUGGAGGAGGAGUUCAUGGGCGUCGAGCAGUUCGGCUUCAUUAGGUCGUGCCGCAAGAUUCUGGUCGCUGGAUUCAAGGGCAUCAACGGCACCAAGUGCAUCGUCGAGGAGGUGGCCAAUGUGCUGCUCACCUGCACCAACUACGUGGACGAGCUGGGCACCUGCACCGGCAACAUUCCCAAGGACGUCCAGGCCAUGCUGGACAAUGCCAAGCAGAUGAUCAUCACCAGCAACAAGAUCAUCAACCUGAAGUCCGAGCUGUGCGCCACCACCUCCAGGGGCGUCGUCUCCUCCACCAAGAGCUUCAUGCGCUGCACCCUGAAGGCCUUCUAUGCCACCAUGUCCCUUGUCCGCCGCAUGAACACGAUGAUCAAGCAGGGCGCCGCCCUGCCCUUCGACACCUCCUCCUGCUACGUGGAUGCCACCAAGAAGGUGGUCGACGGCUGCAACGCCUUCGUGCCCAACAUCAACACCUGCAUCGCCAGCAUGACCUAAGUGGUUCCCAAAACUGAUAAUAAAACAAUGCAUUUAUGCGCAAAGCA